CCGGACGAUGAGUAAGACCCUCGAGGGUUACAAUUGUGUCGAGCAAUUGAGCAAGCUCUUCUGAUAACAAGCUAACAAGCUAACAAGUCGAUAAGUGUGACCUCGUUCGAAAAACUAGGGUCCCUCGACCAAAUAGCGGAGCAGGACGACAUGGACGACGGCACAAGAUGCGCAGGGUGUAGCUCAAACCACGACCUAUACUGCCCCCGUUGUCUCGGAGAAGGCCUGAACAACCACGCUCAAGCUCACCAUAUUCUCCAGACCCAACUGUCGGCCUCGAAGAGCCGGUGCGAGAAGAUCCUGUAUGGACACCUGCCCUCCUCUUCUUCCUCUUCCGUACCGGCGUCGACGAAUCCUACGCCGACCGUCUCCUCGUUGUCAACCUCGUCAAGAUCGUCCGCAUCCGCCCAGGCAUCUACAUCGACAUUGGCAUCGACAUUGCGACCAAGUCCUCCGUACGCACGUCUCUCAGGCUUCCUCUCCCCACCCCCGUUCUCUCCACCCAGACCCGUGUCUACCAAGCCUUCCUCGGACCCCAACUCUACGCCGGGCGGGCUGAUUCAUCACCGGACGCUCUCCUCGACCCACUCCCGCCUUUCCAUUCAAUGCCGCGAUCUGGAAGCGGAGCUGGACCGUGUCAGGAGGCGGAACGAGGGGAAACAGGAGAGCUUACGGGAUAGACGUGGACGGGUUGCGAAGCGGCGGGCGAACCUGCGCAAGUCCCAGGAGGAUGAGGACAAGGUUUCUUUUCCCUUCCAACCUCAAGAUAUAUCAGCUGGAUAUGAACCGGAGUCCGCCCUGAUAACGAGCCUGAAGACCAGACUGGACACCCAGAGAAGGGAAGAUCGGCUCGUCCAGGACGAGAUCCGGGCGGCGAGGAAGGUCCUGCUCAAGGAGGUCGUGGACGUCUUUGGGGUCAGGCCUUGUCGACCUCUGAACGGGAUCGGGGUGGAGGACGUCGAUGGAUCUAGAGUAGGAAAGGGAGAUGGAGUUGAUCUCGGGCGGGAGGAGUGGGACAUGGAGAUCGCGGGGUUGAUUUUCCCGUCCCCAGGUGGAUUUACCGGUUACCACUCCAACCACCUCAACGCGAUCCUGAUGCAUACCCUUCACUUGUUACACCUUCUCUCUACUUAUCUGACGACGAGGUUACCGUUCUCGUGGGCUUGGUCCGAGUCGCCUGGUGACCCCGCAUCAUUCCUACCAUCCUCAACGGCGGGCUUCGCGGUCUACCCAGCCGAAGAGGGAGGAAGGAUGGUGGGACGACCGGUCUUUUCGGCUGGGGAAGGGUUGGCCUUCGGGCGGGCUGCGUCGGUACGACGGGCUGAAAAGAGGAAGGAGCAGACCAGACCUACCAGAGGAGCCGGAUUAGCUGUUGACGACCGGAAUGAUGAUGAUGCGGUUUUCGAGGAGGAUGAAGAGGACGAAGAAGAAGAAGGCACUUAUGGUCAAAAUGACCCUGACCAGGAAGGGAGUUGGUCAGACAAGGAGGAUCUGAGGCUUUGGAAGAAGAAAGCCGUGUUGUAUGUCAGCACGAGUCGGGAGAAGUGGAAACGGCGGCAAAACGCAAUUCACACUUCGGCUGGAGUUGGGCGGGUGGACCGUGAAGGACAUCCGGACCGAAUACAGCCUGAAGCACGAUCUCAUCACCAACAUGGACAUUAUCAGCAGCAGCCGAAGCAGCCGGGCGAGAAUGAUCGCGACGGUUCCGCGGACAAACCGGAGAAACAGCCGAAGCGGGACAAGUACCAGGUCAAGGAGGAUCAGAUGAUAUUGGGGUAUGCGAUGUUGUGUUACGAUGUCGCUUGUCUCGGGUGGAUGAACGGGGUCAACCUUGACCUCGAAACGAGCAGGUCGCGUACGGAGCAGCAUGAAGCGGGAAGGGAGGAAGCGGAUGAGGUGGAUUGGGAUAAAGUUCUGAAUCCGUUGAGGGUAAUCAGGGAGAUGGUCAGGUCGGAACGACUGGGAGAAUCGUCUCAUACUCCCUCGAUCCCGUUGUCGACCAACAAUCUCCCAUCGAAAACCUCAUCAGGACAACCUGUAUCGGAUCCCUCUAUCCCAUUUAUUCCCCUGCCGUUCAGCUUCUCGAAGUUGAUGAACCGGGCGACGCAGGCGUUUGACGAUCAUAAUCAGGACGGUAGGACCACCGAGACAAAAGGAAGGGAAGAAGAUCUGGGCGGCGAUGAUUGGGACCUCGUUUAGUUGACUGGACUGAAGUACACUUGUGAGGAGGAAAGAGGCAGUCUGUGCUUAACAGUGAUCCAUUCGAUA